AUGAAUCAAAUACCAAUUUAUCAGCAUCCAUUUGUGGAUGUCUUCAAAGCCACAAAGCUCACAGAGUGGUCACUUGCUCAUAAAGAGGGAGAUGUUUCUGAAAUCUAUGAUAAGGAGCUAUCCAAGAAUGUGCUUAAGAUCAGUGGAGUCACUCCAGCAAGUAACUAUUUCAUGCUUCCAGCACAAAAGAACCUGCCUAAGAAGUCACUUGGUCUUACAGGCAAAUAUGUAUUUAUAACUUUCCAGUAUGAUACAACAUAUUUAGGUUUAUGCGACGAUAAAUGUACCUGCAGGUAAAUCCUUCGUGAUACACCUAGACUAUAUGGUAAUCAUCAUUAAUCUUGUCAAUUUACUUAGAAUCUGAAUGGUAAUGCUCUGCAAGUGCCUUUGAAUUUGCCUUACAACAAAUGGUGCAUGAUAAGUCUCAAUGCAUAUUAAAUCCUUGAGUAAAACUAGGUCUUUUAGUCUGGGUAGAAGCACGCCUUCUUUCUUAGAUCACUCUAAGUCAUUGCUAAUCUUCAGAUAAAAGGAAUGUACACCUCUGAUAUAAAAUAUACUGUUCAAUCACUGCCGAAAGAGAUGGCAAUGAAAAACACAAAGGAUAAAGAUUGGUUCGCAUAGUACUCAUGGAUUGACUUUCCACAAGAGUAAGGUGAGUAGUACCAAGAUAGUCAGUAGUAACAUCAACCACCUCAAACAGAGACUGUGAACAAAGAAAAUAAGAGUAAAAUCUCAAAUAGACCAAAGAAAGAACUGAAAUAGCAGACUUCUUUGGUGAAAGCAGGUGCUUCUGCCAAGCCUGAGAAUAUCAAAGAAGAAAGUCCACAAACUAAGAGGCCAAAGUCAAUAAUUAGAAAGUAAUCAUCUGAGAAUUUAGCUAACAAUAAGAAAGUCGGUAAAAGUGUGAAGUUCAAUGGAGAGGUAAUGAGGUAGCCUAAUCUUAACAGUGAUUUAGAAGAAGUAAAAGGAUCAUCAAGCAGCUAUUAGUAAUACAAUGUGGAUGAAGAAGACUUGCAAAGAGACAUUGAAGGAUAGUUUAACGAAUAUAGGCAAGAAACUUAAAAUUACUAGCCUACUCCUGAUGAAAUAUUGUAUGGCAGAGAUGGGGUUGAGAAGACUAUGAGCUAAAUAGACGAUAUCAAGACUUAAUAUAAAUAUGAAUUAGAGCAGAAGAACAUAAACACAAAUGCAUAGAUUACUUUGUACUAGACUGAGGGCAACCUACCUCAAGGCUAAUUGUCCCGUACUCUCGGCUUUGACUCUGAUCCCAACGAGAAGUUCGUUCUUAAGCCUAAUCCUAUAAUGAGAUUAGAUAGAGUCAUCGGCAUGCAUCCCAGAUAUCAGUCAGGUCAAAUCUUCUACAAUAAAGAUGCCAAGUUAUCAAAAGAGUUUCUAUAUUCUUAGGCGAAUCUACUCUUAGGCUACUAUCCACCAACUUAGAAGUAAAGAUUAUUCUAUGACCAUCAGACUAAUGUGAUUGAGUACCUUUACGUGCUUGGAAACUAUGCCUUUACAACGAGCAAGAGCACACUUGAUGAUAGCCAAAAAGACUACGAGCUUACUAUAUGGGAUGUGCAAGAUGCUAGCUGCCUGUUCUCUUUUAAGCCACCAUUGCUUAGCAUCAAUUCAAUCAGCAUUAAUUUAGAUCACACUCUGCUUUGUUUGUCUGGUAAAGACUUCUAGAAAAGAGAUCUCAUUUUAGUUUACUCACUUCCAGAUAUGCUGAAGUACAAAAAGGUUGAGUUGUUAGCAAGAUAAUUAUCAGACUUUGACGUUACAGAUUUGAGAUUCAAUGACGUCUCAAGCUAAUCUGUAGUCAGUUGCGGCAAAGAAAAUAUCAGAAUUUACAAGAUCAAGAAUAAUCAUCUCCCAGGCUAGUCAGUAACCUUGAACAACACUGGGAGGGGCAAAGUUUUCAAUCAUAGCGUAGUUGAUUUCACUCUUAAUGAAAAAGGUUAGAAAAAGCCUAGCUAUAUCUAUGUCACAACCACUUGUGGUCUUUUAUACUUUGCUAACUACGCCACUAGACAAGUAGAUAAAAUCAUUUAGAUUCACGAAGAUAGAAUCACUUCACUUAAUCUAUCCCCUGAGAGAAAUUUCUGUGUGACAAGUUCUAUCAAUGGCAUCUUACGUAUUUGGUCUCCAGAUUUCUCCAGACUUAUAUCUGAAGUUAAUACACAGUAGCAAAUUGUUGAUUGUGAUGUAAACGCAACUUAGAAAGAAAUUGUUGUUUUAAGUCAGUAAGGAUAGGUAUCAGUAUUGGACCUAGAACAGUCUACAUUUAAUGUAAUUUUAAGAUCUCACUAGGAAAAUAUCACUGAUCUAUGUUACAACCAAGCGACUUAGAAGCUAGUUACUAUAGCUCUAGAUUCGUACAUUAAGAUCUGGAAUGCUGAGACUAUGGACUUGGAAAAUGAAUUCACCGCCCCGAACGACAUUCCUAUAAAAAUUACUUCAAGUCAUUUAGACUGUACAGUAGCUGUAGGAUUCAAGUCUGGCUUUGUGAGAAUAUUCGAUCUCUAGCAAAGCAAACUUACAGCUGAGACUAUGAUUUAUGAAAGUCCUGUGAUGGACAUCCAGUACUCUCCUGAUAAUUCGUUCAUGGGAAUCUUUUAUAAAUCCUCUAAGAUAGUAGUCUUCAACAUAGAGAAGGGAUAUCAACCAAUAAAGACAAUUGAUUAUGAUUUUCCAAAUGACAAUUAUUUCAGUUUGACAUUUUCUCCUGAUGGAAAGUAUCUUGCCAAUAUUUCAUCUAAUGCCAAUAACAUCACUGUUUGGGAAACUAAGAAUUUCUCUCUUAAGUAUCAUCUCGAUAUAACUGGAGACAUCAUUUAAAAGAUCAAGUUUGCUCCAAAUUCUCGUGAUCUAGUACUCCUAACCACCUCCUCAAAACUUAAAUUCUACAGAACAACAUUUAAUGAGUUAUAGUUUAUGAAGGAAUCUUAUGGUGUAACUGAUAUGGAAUGUUUAGACUUCGAAAUAUCAGCUAAUAAUAAGUUCAUUUUCGUUGCUGGCAGAGAAGGAAUAAUCAAAGUAUACGACUAUUUUAUGAGAGGGGAUGUUAUUGCAAGCUGUUAAGCUUUCCUUGGUCACUUCAAAUAUCCAAUAAAAGUCAUUGCCUAAAAUGAUCUCAGAUUCGUAUAUUCAAUCGGUGAAGGCAAUGGUGUAUACAGGUGGAUGUUCAAUGGAGACAAAGAAAUGCCAAUUGAAAUAUUCAAAUAUUUUGAGGAGCUUAAACCAAAAUAAAAAACAAUCAAUAAUUCAAUCAAUACUAAUGCAAAAUCUUAGAAAAAUGCUGGGGAAUAAGAGCCAAUCUUUUCAGAUGAGGAAUUAAUGAGAGUAACUCAGCAAUAAAUCCAAGACUAUUAAUAAAUGCUUCAAUAGAACACUCAAGGCUUAAAUGAAAUUGGAAUAGGUAACGAUAAUGACCUUGCUAGAGAUUAUGGCAUGACAGGAGCAUCUUUGACAAAUAACCCCUUUGUUUAAGGAUUGACUCAGAAGUAAAUAAAAACCACGACUACUCCCUAUGGAUUAACCUAGCAAUCACUAAUCUAAUAUAACAAAUCAGGAUAUAGAUUCGAGCAAUAUGAUAUUGAAUUAAAGAAAGUACUUAGCUGCUCAACAGACACAACAAUAAAAAAUAAUCUUGUUUGGAAUAAGGAAUAGAGAUAUAUUUGCUACAGUUCUUAAAAUAUAGUAAUUGUUGAGGACAUUAGCUAAGAAAAGACUCAAAGACUCUUAAAAGAAGGGAAUGACAAGAUAUUCCAAAUCAAACUAUCACCAAAUGGUAGGACACUAUUGGCAUUUAGCAAAUUUGGAAAUUUAGAUGGCUUUCCAAUGAUUUACGUAUGGGAUGCUGCAACUCUUAAAAAGAUUAAUCAAAUAGCUAUCAAUGAUUCUGAAAUAAUGGCUUUGGAAUUUUCAGCUCAUUCCAACAUGCUAUUAGUAGUCAGUCGAUCUUCUAAUAAUAUUUUUUCAACUGGGGAUAAAAAUGUCCAAAAUUAAAAUGAAGGAGUGAUAUCAACAAUAAGUGUCUGGGACUUUCUUGAAGGACAUAAAGAUAUACUUUGCAAAAGUUAACUUCCUAUUACUGUUCUAGAUGGCAGAUGGAAUUACUACUUGCCUGAGUCAAAUGAAUUUGUAACCAUUAGUGAUAGAAAAUAUCAUUAUUGGAAGAUAUCUAAUACUCUUAAUCUUUAGUAUUAAGAGGGAGAUAUACCAAAGAAAAAGGAUCCCUUUUCAAGCAAAGAGGAUAAAUUUACAUCUUUAGAGUUUGUUGUUCCUACACCAGAGCAAAUUUCUUGCUAUCUCUUAAUUGGAUUGAAUACAGGUUAUGUUUGGGUGUUAGAUUCUAGAGCUAAUCAGUUUAUAUAUACUGUAAAGGUGAUUGAUUCAUCAAUCAGACAUAUAAUAACCACUUACUCGAGAAUCAUAAUUGAAGGAAAUCAAGACACGAUUAUUCACUGCUGGCCUCAAGGACAAGGGGAUUUUAACGCUGGGGAUCCUUAAUCAUUCUUCUUAGACAAGGAGUAAAACUUGACUCUUGAUGGAUUUCCAAGAGGAGUAUGUUACGAGGAAAGUGGAAAUGAAUGCAUGAUCUCAUCAUCAUCUGGAACCAUAUGGUUUAUGAGCUGGACAGAAAUGGCCACUGUAAAAUUGAAGAGUUGCCACAAUCCUCAAUACCAAAUCAACAGUUUCGAUUACAAAUAUAUCCCUCCUAAUCAGAUCCAAAUCAUUCAAGAGCAAUCAGAUUUUUACCAAUUCGAUCAGAAUUAUAUGAUAGCAAGUAGUGGGAAAGAUGGUAUUAUCAAGCUGUGGAAUAUGUUUGACUGUGAAUUUCAACUGCAAUUUAUUGUUCCAAAGGAGGAAUGUGUUGCUAUAGCUAUGCAUUAAUUCAAACCAUACAUGGUUAGUUCGUUCACAGAUGGUUUUAUUAGAUUCUUUGAGGUAAAUAAAUCAAAGAACCUUGGAAGAUGUUAGAUCUAUUCAGAUUAGGAGAAAAGCAUUACUGAUCAUUUGAUUUCACUCAGAAUUUUACCUAGUGGCAAUCAUAUUUUAGGAGCAUCAAAACAUGGUCAAAUAGUUUUGAUCUUUGUACAGCAAUGGGAUCCACUAGCUAUCAAAAUUGAAUAACUUGCUAGUGUAAAUACCUCAAUAAACUCAUUUGAUGUUUCUAAUCUUGAACCUUAUAACAAAUGGCUUAUCGGAACAGCUAAUGGCAAACUAAUAGUUUAUAACAGAAAAGAUUUCAAUUCAUUCCAAUAAGAAAUUUUUGAUGAAGAAAAUCCACCUAAAUUUAACUUUAUGGACUCUUUUAAUACCCUAGACUAUGUUGACAACAACUUUACAGAGUCCAAGAGAUGCAACACUCUUGAUCACUAUUAUUCAAUUUCAAAGAGAAAUAUGGUAUACAAUGAGGUUUAAGAAGCUAAUCUCUGUGAAGGAAUUUUUUCAAAUAUGGAUUUGACUAUCUAUCUUGGGUUCAUAAAAAAAUGUAACUACAUAUUCAUGAGAAAUUUUGAACUGCAUCAGGUUAUUAAAAAAAUAGAACUCAUGUCUCAACCUGUGGCUCUAGGAAUAACUCCUAACUCUCCGUUUUUCAUAGUACUCUAAGCUGAUAGCAUAAUAAAGAUGAUUGAUCUAGUAAAUGAAUAGAAUACAAGCGAAGUUAAAACUCUUCAUGAAGAAGCCAAAAUUAUGAGAAUAUGCCCAAAUGGCAAAUAUAUAAUUACAGGUGGAGACAAAGGUGAUAUUUGCGUUUGGAAUAUAAAGAGGAAAGACUUUGAGCCUGAAUAAAGUUGA